CGUGCUUUUUAAUCACUACUGUCUUGCUUAAGCAAACGACGAGUGUUUCAGUACAGACAUAGCAAAUAUAUAAUGAUGUAAUGUUGGCUCGCUUUGACAACAAGGUCGAAAAGCGCCAUCCCUUGUGCGCUGUGGUUCCGAACCAUGAACAGUUACGAGCACUCUACAGUCUACUUUGGCUACGGCAGCAACCUCUGGAAGCAGCAAAUGAAGCUCCGAUGUCCAACUUCAACAUACCAAGGCAUCGCCCAGCUGAAAGGCUACUGCUGGAUCAUCAACGAGCGAGGCUAUGCCAAUGUCGUCAAGCACACGCAAACUGUUCAGUCAGACAGCCAAUGCACAUACGCUUCCGAAGUCUGGGGUCUUGUCUUCACCCUACAGCCCGCCGAUGAGGCCAGGCUAGAUGUCAACGAAGGCGUCCCGUACGCGUAUCAGAAGCAGAUGCUGAAAUGCGAGUUCUGGCCCGCCCGCGAAGGCAAGCCUCCGCAGACCGACGAGAAGCCGGAGCACGUUGAGAUGCUCGUCUAUGUCGAUGGCGAGAGGACUACGCCGUCCAGGCCAAAGACAGAAUAUGUCUACCGCAUGAACAUGGGUAUCAAAGACGCCGUAAAGGAAGGCAUGCCGAAGGAGUACGUGGAGCAUGCGCUUAGGCCAUUCAUCCCGGAGCUCGAGGACGAAGGUGUGGCGGAGGUGGCGAGGAAGCAGGCUUUGGAUUUUGAGGAUGAAACUUGAGGUCUCGGUCAUGUCAGCCUGGUCAGCACUCCGCCGUAUAAGUCUGUUCCGCCCUGCGGCUCACGCCCACAUAUGCAGAGCGCGCCAGAGGCCGGACGCAACCGUAACAGUACUAGCGGC